AUGAAGGAAAGGAAGUCGGCAUACCACUUCCAAGAUGGCCGCGCCAUUCUUUACACGGAGCUCAAACUUUCAAAGACCAGACCUUACCAACAAGAUUGGACCAGAUUCCAACUGAAAAUAGAGACCCAACCUUACCAACAAGAUCCGACCAGAUUCCAACUGAAAAUAGAGACCCAACCUUACCAACAAGAUCUGACCAGAUUCCAACUGAAAAUAAAGACCCGACCUUACCAACAAGAUCCGGCCAGAUUCCAACUGAAAAUAGAGACCCGACCUUACCAACAAGAUCCGACCAGAUUCCAACUGAAAAUAGAGACCCAACCUUACCAACAAGAUCCGACCAGAUUCCAACUGAAAAUAGAGACCCAACCUUACCAACAAGAUUGGACCAGAUUCCAACUGAAAAUAGAGACCCAACCUUACCAACAAGAUCCGACCAGAUUCCAACUGAAAAUAGAGACCCAACCUUACCAACAAGAUCUGACCAGAUUCCAACUGAAAAUAAAGACCCGACCUUACCAACAAGAUCCGACCAGAUUCCAACUGAAAAUAGAGACCCGACCUUACCAACAAGAUCCGACCAGAUUCCAACUGAAAAUAGAGACCCGACCUUACCAACAAGAUCUGACCAGAUUCCAACUGAAAAUAGAGACCCGACCUUACCAACAAGAUCCGGCCAGAUUCCAACUGAAAAUAGAGACCCGACCUUACCAACAAGAUCCGACCAGAUUCCAACUGAAAAUAGAGACCCAACCUUACCAACAAGAUCCGACCAGAUUCCAACUGAAAAUAGAGACCCGACCUUACCAACAAGAUCCGACCAGAUUCCAACUGAAAAUAGAGACCCGACCUUACCAACAAGAUCCGACCAGAUUCCAACUGAAAAUAGAGACCCGACCUUACCAACAAGAUCCGACCAGAUUCCAACUGAAAAUAGAGACCCGACCUUACCAACAAGAUCCGACCAGAUUCCAACUGAAAAUAGAGACCCGACCUUACCAACAAGAUCCGACCAGAUUCCAACUGAAAAUAGAGACCCAACCUUACCAACAAGAUCCGACCAGAUUCCAACUGAAAAUAGAGACCCAACCUUACCAACAAGAUCCGACCAGAUUCCAACUGAAAAUAGAGACCCGACCUUACCAACACGAUCCGACCAGAUUCCAACUGAAAAUAGAGACCCGACCUUACCAACAAGAUCCGACCAGUUUCCAACUGAAAAUAGAGACCCGACCUUACCAACAAGAUCCGACCAGAUUCCAACUGAAAAUAGAGACCCGACCUUACCAACAAGAUCCGGCCAGAUUCCAACUGAAAAUAGAGACCCGACCUUACCAACAAGAUCCGACCAGAUUCCAACUGAAAAUAGAGACCUGA